UCUAGAUGUCUAUCUUGUUCUUUUUCCAGGGUUCCUACCAAAAAAACAGAGUUCUUUUUCCAGGUUAGUACUAGGGAAGCAGAGAUGGAGAUCCAUCAACCUUCUUCAUCCAGAAAAGAUCGCAAGAUUGUCGAGAGAAAUAGGAGAAAUCAUAUGAAGACCCUUUGUUCUGAGCUCAAUUCUCUUAUUCCAAAUCAAAACUCCAAGAAAUCAAUGCUACAGACUGAUCAACUAGAUGAAGCAACUAAUUAUAUAAAAGGGAUAUUGGAAAAAUUGGAGAGAAUGAAGGAGAAGAAAGAACACCUAGCGGGCAUAGAAAAAUUACAGAUUGAUAUUCAUGAAAUGGGUUCUGCUUUUGUGGUGAAUCUGAUAAGUGGGAUCCAUAAUCAAUCCAUGUUCUAUGAGCUCAUCCGUGUGGUUCAGGAAGAAGGAGCUGAGAUUAUCAAUGCAAGUUUUUCUGCAGUAAACAAUACAUUUGUCCACACAAUACAUUCACAGGUUGGAGAGUCUUCUCUUGGGUCUGAAGCUGCAAGCAGGAUAACUUGGAGAUUAAAUACGCUUGUCCAUGAGUUUCAAUAAUUCUCCUUGAAUGUAUGUUUCAAUUGUCAAGUAUCAGUGCAGCUUCAUUAGAGUAAGCAUCAUCUGUUGUCCUUUCAUUUGUAGAUUUUUUGUUUUGGAUAGAUGGGAGGCCAGUAUUUGUGAAAUCGAAUCCAUCAACUUUCCUUCAACAAUGGCGUCAGUUCAGAUCUUAUCUUUCAUCCUUAUCUUGGAAGAUUACUCAUUGCUAUAGAGAAGCAAACCCAAUUGCGGACUCAUUGGCUAAAUACGCUGGACCACAAAGGAACUAUUUCUUAUUGGGUGGACAUAGGUCUUUUGUUAGAGAUUAGCUAGGUUUUUUGGGAUGCUCAAGAUUGAGCUAGAUUUUGAUUUGUAAGCUGAUUUCCAGUUUUUCUAUCUAUGAUUUGUUUCUUUGCUGAGGGCAAUGCCGAA